GAUUUGAGGUGACGCGGUUGCGUUCGUCUCUACCGUGUUUCCUUAAACAAGUUUGAACCUUCUGCGAACUGAGCACCGCCCAUCACCACCGUCCACUGCAGCUUAUAUGUAUAUAUACUUCCAAGAGCCGCAAUUUUUAAUGCCUGAAUCUAAUUCAGUGGGCGUUUCGAUAAAAGCUAACUCAGUGGGUGUUUCAAUAAAAGCUAACUCAGUGGGACUUUCCAUUGACACAAAUCAGUAACUUUUUUUUGUUUUUGCGAUAUAACGAUGAAGCCAACAUCACCUGUAGAACAUGUCUCCAACAGCGGUAGUAGUUCCAAGUACAAGGGUGUAAGGAAACGGAAAUGGGGGCAAUGGGUAUCGGAGAUCCGAUUACCCAACAGCCGUGAACGUAUUUGGUUAGGGUCUUAUGACUCGGCGGAGAAAGCAGCCAAGGCGUUUGAUGUGGCUCUUUAUUGUUUACGUGGACCUGAAGCUAACUUUAAUUUCCCUAAAAACCCACCGGAGGUCGUCGGAGGAAGGUCAUUUUCCCCGUCGGAAAUUCGAGCGGUGGCUGCUAGGUUGGCUAACCAGGUCGACGACCAAGGCGGAGCUGAUAAUAAUAAUGACAAUAAUGAUUCGAGCAAUGACAAUUACGCCAGGAAAGAACAGUGUACCUCGUCUACGUCGGGAGCGGUCCCGUUACAGGCGUAGGAGAAUCAUGAAAUGGGGUGGUCCCCGUUUUUGAACAUGGAUACUGAUCAUCAAUGGAUGUCCGAUUCUAUGUUAUACUCCCCGGUGAGUCGUAUCUUGUUGUAUGGUGGUGAUCAACUGUUUCCUCCUUCACCGCCGAUAAGUCCGCCGCCUAUUGACGACAACGCUGAUGAAUAUCAAUACUAC